CACACCAGGCAGUCACGGUGGAGCCGCGCUGUGGUUAACACCGGCGGGUUUUUACACGGUUUUAACGGAAUUUUUAAACGCAGUUUUAUCUUUCUUGUCUUACACGUUUAGCUAGCUGUUUACCAUGCCAGCCAGGACUUCCCUGUCUCUGCCAAAUGAUGUCAGGAAAAGGCUGCAGGUGCUGGAUGAGGAUGGAAUUUCAGACGAGGAUCAUGUCAAAGAGAAGCUCAAGUUAGUGCAGGACUUUCUGCAUGUUGACGUUCAGGACCAGCUGACCAACCUGGAGGAAAAGAUGAAAAGUGAAGAGAUCUCAAUGGAGGUCUACAUCACUAAAGUGAAGGCCUUGCUGGGAAAAGAGCUUAACCUUGAAAACGGCUCACAUGUUGAUGGCGUGGAGCAGAAUGGAAAGACAAAUGGCUUCACAAACGGCUCCCACAAAGAUGAGAACGGUGAAGAUGUAACCAUGGAUGUACAGGAGGCAGAGGAGGCUGUCAAGUCACCAACUGCUACUAAGGGGAAGGGUGGACGCAGGAGCAAGGCAAAUUCUGACACCAAAAAGUCUCCAGUCAGUACCAGGGUUACAAGAAACGGUGGGAAACAGUCAACCAUCUUGUCAAUGUUCUCUAAAGUUCAAAAGCGUAAGUCGGAAGACCUGAAUGGAGAAGCUACUAAUGGGCAAACUGAACCGAAGAAGGAGAAAGAUGAUGUUGAGGAGUCUCGGGAGGAGAAGCGUCUCAAAGUGGACUCCAAUGAAAAUGCUGCUCCAGAAGAAUCGAAGAGUGAGGUUAUUAAACCGGUUUCUGCUGCAAAGACACCACCACCCAAAUGUCCAGACUGCAGACAAUACUUGGAUGAUUCAGAUCUAAAAUUUUUCCAAGGGGAUCCUGAUAAUGCGCUGGAUGAACCAGAAAUGUUAACAGAUGAGCGUCUCUCCUUGUUUGACUCAAAUGAGGAUGGAUUUGAGAGCUAUGAGGAUCUGCCACAGCACAAGAUUACAAACUUCAGUGUGUAUGACAAGCGUGGUCACCUCUGUCCAUUUGACUCUGGACUGAUUGAGAAGAAUGUAGAGCUCUACUUCAGCUGUGUUGUCAAACCUAUCUAUGAUGACAACCCUUGCAUGGAUGGUGGUGUUCCUGCAAAGAAGCUUGGACCCAUCAAUGCCUGGUGGAUCACUGGUUUUGAUGGUGGAGAAAAAGCUCUAAUUGGUUUCACUACAGCGUUCGCUGAUUACAUCCUAAUGCAGCCGAGUGAGGAGUAUGCGGCCAUCUUUGCACUGAUGCAAGAGAAGAUCUAUAUGAGCAAAAUAGUGGUGGAAUUCCUCCAGAAAAAUCCUGAUGCUACUUAUGAGGACCUUCUCAACAAGAUUGAGACCACUGUGCCUCCUGCAGAGCUAAACUUCAACUGCUUCACUGAAGACACCUUGCUGCGCCACGCCCAGUUUGUGGUGGAGCAGGUGGAGAGCUAUGAUGAGGCCGGCGACUCUGAUGAGCAGCCCAUCAUUGUUACACCCUGCAUGAGAGACCUGAUCAAGCUUGCAGGAGUCACUCUAGGGAAGAGGAGAGCUGCGAGAAGACAGGCCAUUCGUCACCCAACAAAGAUUGAGAAGGACAGUAAGGGACCGACUAAAGCGACCACUACCAAGCUGGUCUACCAGAUCUUUGAUACCUUCUUCUCUGAUCAGAUAGAGCAGAAUGAUAAAGAGAAUGCAGUCAAAAGACAGCGCUGUGGCGUCUGUGAGGUUUGCCAAUCUCCUGAUUGUGGCAAGUGUACUGCUUGCAAGGACAUGAUCAAAUUUGGAGGAAGUGGCAAAAGCAAGCAAGCCUGUAAGCAGAGAAGAUGCCCAAACCUUGCAGUAAAGGAGGCUGAAGAUGAUGAGAACAUUGAAGAGGAAGAUGUUCCAGUGGAGAAGGCCAAAAAGCUUGCUCAUGCUAAGAGGAAGAAGCAGACCCAGUGCAAACUGACAUGGAUCGGAGAACCUGUUCAGACUGAAGGAAAGAAGCAGUACUACAGGAAGGUCUCUCUGAAUGAUGAAGUGCUAGAGGUGGGAGACUGUGUCUCAGUUUCAUCAGAAGAUCCAUCCACUCCUCUGUAUCUGGCAAGGAUCACAUCACUGUGGGAGGACAUCAAUGGAAAGAUGUUCCAUGCCCAUUGGUUCCUUCGUGGGAUUCACACAGUGCUGGGAGAAUCCUCUGAUCCACUGGAGCUCGUCAUUGUGGAUGAGUGUGAAGACAUGCUGCUCAAUUAUGUCCAAGGCAAAGUGAACGUCACAUACAAGCCCCCAUCUAACAACUGGUUUAUGGAGGGUGGCAUGGAUGUUGACAUCAAGGUGAUUGAAGAUGACGGGAAGAGUUUUUUCUAUCAGUUCUGGUACGACACAGAGUUUGCCCGCUUUGAGAUGCCUCCCACGACCACUCCAUCAGAGGACUGCAAGUUCAAGUUCUGUGGCAGCUGUAAUAGGACUAAAGAAAGGGAGGAACAGGAAAUUCCUCGUGCAUUUGAGCCCAUGGAGAAUGAAGACAACGACUCCAAGGCUCUGUAUGCUCUGGCCUGCUUUAAAGGGGAGCAGUUCAGGGUGGGAGAUGGCGUCUAUUUGCUUCCUGAGGCUUUUAAUUUCAGUGUGAAGCCAGCUAGUCCGGUGAAGCGCUCCCAUAGGAAAGAGGAUGUGGAUGAGGAGUUGUAUCCAGAGUAUUACAGGAAGUCCUCGGACUACAUUAAGGGGUCCAACCUGGACGCUCCUGAGCCGUUCCGCAUCGGGCGUAUCAAGGAGAUCUUCUGUCACAGACGCAGCAAUGGGAAACCUGACGUGUCAGAGGUCAAAUUACGACUUUACAAGUUCUACAGGCCUGAGAACACUCACAAAGGCGUCAAAGCAAGUUACCACACAGAUAUCAAUCAGCUGUACUGGAGUGAUGAGGAAGUGAGUGUCAGCAUGACUGAGGUGCUUGGCCGCUGUCAAGUUGAAUAUGGAGAAGACCUGAAUGAGUCAGUCCAGGACUAUUCCAGUGGUGGACCUGACCGCUUCUAUUUCCUGGAGGCCUAUAAUGCAAAAUCAAAAAGCUUUGAGGACCCUCCAAAUCACGCCCGCUCGGCUGCUCACAAAGGCAAAGGAAAGGGCAAAGGGAAAGGGAAAGGUAAGGGCAAAGGAAAGGCAUCAGCUGCACAGGAGCCACAGGACACGCAGAAUGAACCACAGGCACCUAAAGUGUCUAAGUAUCGCACGCUGGAUGUUUUCUCUGGCUGUGGUGGACUUUCUGAAGGCUUCCACCAGGCUGGUAUCUCUGAGACUCUGUGGGCCAUUGAGAUGUGGGAGCCUGCAGCACAGGCCUUUAGGCUCAAUAACCCCGGCACCACAGUGUUCACUGAGGACUGCAACGUCUUGCUGAAGUUGGUGAUGUCUGGAGAGAAGACGAACUCUCUUGGCCAGAAGCUGCCUCAGAAGGGUGAUGUGGAGAUGCUGUGUGGUGGACCUCCUUGUCAAGGGUUCAGUGGGAUGAACCGCUUCAACUCUCGCACUUAUUCCAAAUUCAAGAACUCACUUGUGGUCUCCUAUCUCAGUUACUGUGACUACUACAGACCAAAGUUUUUCCUGCUUGAGAAUGUGAGGAACUUCGUGUCAUUCAAAAACUCCAUGGUCCUAAAGCUGACUCUACGCUGUCUUGUGCGCAUGGGCUACCAGUGUACUUUUGGUGUCCUUCAGGCUGGUCAGUACGGUGUUGCCCAGACCCGUCGCAGGGCCAUCAUCCUGGCUGCAGCCCCUGGAGAAAAGCUGCCUCGCUAUCCUGAGCCUCUGCAUGUGUUUGCUCCCAGAGCUUGCUCUCUGAGCGUGGCAGUGGAUGAGAGGAAAUAUGUCAGUAAUGUCACACGAGGCAAUGGAGGGAUCUACAGAACCAUCACUGUCCGAGACACCAUGUCUGACCUGCCAGAGAUUCGCAAUGGUGCAGCUGCGUUGGAGAUUUCCUACAACGGGGAGCCCCAGUCUUGGUUCCAGAGGCAUAUCAGAGGCACACAGUAUCAGCCUAUCCUCAGAGAUCAUAUCUGCAAGGACAUGAGUGCUCUGGUUGAGGGUCGGAUGCGUCACAUCCCCUUGGCUCCAGGCUCCGACUGGAGGGAUCUGCCUAACAUUGAGGUUCGGCUGAAAGAUGGCACCAUGACCAAGAAACUGCGUUACACACACUCCGAUAAAAAGAAUGGACGCAGCAGCACUGGUGCACUCAGAGGCGUUUGCACUUGUGCAGGAGGGAAGCCAUGCGACCCUGCAGACAGGCAGUUUAACACCCUGAUCCCCUGGUGUCUGCCCCACACUGGCAACCGUCACAAUCACUGGGCUGGACUGUACGGCAGAUUGGAGUGGGACGGCUUCUUCAGCACGACUGUUACUAACCCUGAGCCAAUGGGCAAACAGGGCCGUGUUCUGCAUCCUGAGCAGCACAGGGUGGUUAGUGUGAGGGAGUGUGCACGCUCUCAGGGAUUCCCCGACACCUACCGUUUCUUUGGAAACAUCCUGGACAAACACAGACAGGUUGGAAAUGCGGUGCCCCCUCCACUCUCCAGGGCCAUCGGCCUGGAGAUUAAGAAGUGUGUCAUGGAGAGAAUGAAGGAAGAACAAGCAUCAGAGAACAUCAAACAGGAGAAGAUGGAGGUCUGAUGAGUCCCUCGUUACCUUCCCAGCAAGAAUCGGUUCCACAAAUCCCGAUGUUGUCGGGAAAUUUCUUUUAAAUAAGCUGGCUUUCAACUGUCACUAAGUGGCCACCAUGGACAUUCUGUGCAGUACCGUUCCAUGUUUUAAAUGUGCUUUUAAUCAUGUUGUUGGGAAAUGUUCACUUAAUGUGGGAUAAAUUGUAUGUAGUUUUUUAUAUGUAAUAUUUCAAAUAAAGCUCUUAUGAAAUCGA